AUGACAUCAUCUGUGAUUGUUGGUAUUGACCUUGGAACAACUACAAUUGAAUGUGCAUAUUUUGAUACAAAAAAAGGAGCACCUGAUUUAGUAAGAUUAAAUGAAGGAGAAAAAAUGCAGUCAGUUGUUUAUUUUAGAAAUGGAUUGAUUCAAGAUGAUGACGUUAUUCAAGACAAUGAAACUCAAAAAAUAUCAAACACUAAAAGAUUAAUUGGUUGUUCUUUUAAACCUUCUUUCGUACAACAAGAAAAAAGAAUGAUUAAUUAUGAAAUUGUUAAUGACCCAGAAAAUGGACUUUGUAGAAUUAAAUACGAUAAAGAACAUACAAUUUCACCAACAGAAGUAGCAUCUAUUUUGUACAGUAGAGUGAGAAAUAAUAUUGUCAAUAAAUUUCACUCAAACAACAUUAAAUGUAUUUUAACCGUUCCAGCACAAUUUAAUGAUGAACAACGAAAUCAAACAAAAAAAGCAGCAGUAUCAGCAAAUUUAGACGUUAUUGAUAUUUUAAAUGAACCAACUGCAGCAGCAUAUUAUUGUAGUAAAACACAAAACUAUAAUGAGGGAGAUAAAAUCCUUAUAUUUGAUUUUGGAGCAGGUACACUUGAUGUUUCUAUUGUUGAAAUGAAAAAUGGAAAUUUAAGAGUUAUUGGGUCAGAAGGAAAUAAUUAUCUUGGUGGAAGAGACAUUGAUAUAAAUGUUAAAGAAUUUCUUCAAGAAGAAUGUGAGAAAAAAAGAUAUACUACAUACCUUAAAGAGAUAACUGAAGACAAAAUUAUGGAAUUAUGUGAAAAUGCUAAAAUUGAAUUAUCUUCAAAAGAAGAAACAGAUAUAAUAUUAAAAAGAUUUGACGAUGAUGAUGACGAUGAUGAUGAAUAUGUAGAAGAUAUUAAAAUUACAAUCACAAAAAAAGACUUUGAAAGAAUCAAUAAAAAUAUUAAACAAAAAUGCACUGAACUUGUCAAUAAAAUUUUAUCUCAUUGCAGAUGUGAUAAAGAAGACUUAAAGGAUGUUAUUCUUGUUGGAGGUUCUACUUAUAUUCCAUUUGUUCAAAAAAUUGCAGAAAGUUAUUGUGUAAAUACAAAACUUGAAAGAAAAGCUAGUGCACAAAAAGUUGUUUCAUUUGGAGCUGCAUUAUAUGCAUAUCAACGAGUUUCUGGAGCAUCUCCAGUUCAAGACAUUUGUUCAUAUUAUUAUGGAACAUCUAUUUAUGGCACACAAUUUCAUUCUUUAGUAGCUAAAGGAGCAACACUUCCUGCAGAAGGAAGUGCAUUAUAUAAAACAGUUGAAGAUUAUCAAACAAAAUGCAAGUUUGAUUUACUUCAAACAAGUAAUCUAAAGUCUAAAACAGAGGAUUGUAUUAAUCUAGGAGUAUUUAUGAUACCUAAUUUACCAAAAAGAAAAGUAGGAGAUGUCAAAUUUCGAGUGACUUGUAGAGUUGAAUUAGAUGGACGAGUUGGAUUAAAGGCUGAAAUAGUUGAACCACUAGAUUGUAAUGAAAGAGGGCAUAUACAUGAAAUGAAAUGUUUAACUUAUGACAGUGAUUCUGAUGAAGUAAAAAGAAUUCAGUCAAAUAUUGCCUCUAUAACAGAAGCUAAAGAGAUAAAAAAAGGAGUACUUGAGGAAUUUAAAGCACAACAUAAAAAACUACUUAUUAUCCAAAAUAUUCUUAAGGAGGAAUUUCCUGAAGAAUAUAACAAAUAUUCUAAUGGAAUAGCUGAAGUUUUAACUUACAAAAGUGAUAAAUUAGACACGAUUAAAAAGAAUGUUGAAUACUUUUCAAAACGUAUUGAAGAAAUGAAAAAAGCAAAACAAAAAGAA